UCUAACACUCAGGUGCUGCUGUACAUUGGAUUUUUAUAAUGUUAGGAUGCUUCUAAUUAUCAAGUACACUGGGGCAACCAUUCUUUUGAUGUCAGUUCUGGUUGAAAUUGGACAGCUUUAUCCAAACUAUGACUUUGGCUGUGAGGAGUGCAAACUCAGAGAGAACAGCAUCUUUUCAAAGCCUGGUGCCCCUGUGUAUCAGUGCAUGGGAUGCUGUUUUUCCAGAGCUUACCCAACUCCUCUAAGAUCCAAGAAAACUAUGCUGGUCCCCAAGAAUAUCACAUCUGAGGCUACAUGCUGUGUUGCAAGAGAGGUUAAAAGGGUUAUCGUCAAUGAUGUAAAGCUAGUGAACCACACAGACUGCCACUGCAGCACUUGCUACUAUCAUAAGUUUUAAAUAAUAUGACUUUAAAUUAAAUGCUUGCUUUAUUAGUGUGUUACAGAAGUUAAUUGUAA